AUGGCAAUGAAGAGUCUCUCCUUUCUUGCAGUUCUAUCUCUCUUGGCUUUGACACUUCCAUUGACCAUUGCGUCUGAUCCAAGUCCCCUUCAAGAUUUCUGCGUCGGCGUCAACACACCAGCUGAUGGAGUCUUUGUGAAUGGAAAGUUCUGCAAGGACCCAAGGGCCGUUUCCGCGGAUGAUUUCUUUUUCUCAGGGCUCAACAAACCUGGAAAUACAAAUAACGCGGUCAGGUCCAAUGUGACAACCGUCAAUGUUAACAAUCUCGGAGGAUUAAACACUCUUGGAAUCUCACUUGUCCGUAUAGACUAUGAACCUAAUGGUCAGAACCCACCUCACACUCAUCCACGUGCCAGCGAGAUAUUGGUUGUUCAACAAGGAACCCUACUUGUAGGGUUCGUCUCAUCAAACCAAGAUGGAAACCGCCUUUUCACCAAAACACUUAACGUGGGUGAUGUAUUUGUGUUUCCAGAAGGACUCGUCCAUUUUCAAUUCAAUAUAGGACGAAUUCCCGCGGUUGCAAUCGCUGCUUUGAGCAGCCAAAACGCAGGUGUUAUCACGAUUGCUAAUACAGUGUUUGGGUCUAACCCACCUAUAGACCCUAAUGUUCUUUCAAGAGCAUUCCAACUGGAUCCUAAUGUGGUCAGAGAUCUACAAGCUAGGUUCUAA